GGGAGAUAAUUCAUGUUGUAAAUAGAAAUGUCAAAAGAAAAGGCUGAUCAGCUGAAAGAAGAAGGAAACAAAUGUGUAAAAGAAGGCAAUUAUGCUGAAGCUGUCCUCCAUUACACACAUGCUAUCGGCCAAGAUGGCCUAAACCAUGUUUUAUACAGCAAUAGAUCACUAUGCUUUCUCAAACUUCAUCAGUAUUAUUAUGCCAUGGAAGAUGCUAAAGAAACCAUUCAGCUGAAAUCUGAUUGGCCAAAGGGAUUUUUCAGAAAAGGAGAAGUGGAAUUUGCUGUUGGAAACUACACAUUAGCUAUGAUGGCUUACAAGCAAGCUGAAUUAAUUGAUCCUACAGACCAAGGAAUUAAAGUUGCAAUGUUAAAAACAACAAAAGAAGUAAUUAGAGUAAGAAAAGAGGAAAGACGUCAACCAUGGUUGUAUGGUGGAGGUGGACUACUUAUAGGUUUUAUUAUUGUACUGGCAGACCAGUUCCUUGCAGAUAAUCCAUCAAUAAAAAACACAGUACUGCAGAUUCUUUUAAUUAUAGUGUUUGGAGGAAUGGGACUCCUUGUUUUAAAAACAUAUAGGUUUGUUAUUGAAAGUCAGCAGAGUUCUCUUUUGGAAGAGCCAGUAGAUUUAAUGAAAGCAAUGAAUGGGGAGGACGACUUACCAGAACAAUCAGGUACAGAGACUAAACAGACAGAUAAAAAACCUCACAGGAAAGGUGGAGUGGGAUCUGCAAGACAAAGAUAUAAAAUGGGAAAGAGCUGAUGAAUCAUUUGACAAAUAAUUGGAAACAUCUGAAAUCCAAAAUAAACAGACUGUGAUAUUUUGUAAUUUCGACAGAAAUUUUUUAUGUGAAUUACUUAUCGAUGAAGGAACAUUUGUAUACAUGUUUUACAAAGACAGACAGUAAUAGUAUUCUUCUUUGUUUAAAUUUGCAUGAAUUUUUCAUACCAUACCCAAGAAGCAAGUAAUAUGAUUACCAGUAUGUGACUUUGAUACAUUAAUUUGUUUUAGAUAAGACAUGUAAUCUGUAACGAAAUUGGAUGGAAAGUAAUUUUAAAAAGAUUCCAUUGUAAUAAAGAUUUUACACAGUAAAAAAAAUUAAAUAAUUUUAAUGCCCCCACCGCUCGGCUUCGUGGGCAUUAAGUGUUACCCAUGUCCGUCCGUCCCCAAAAAUUGGUUUCCGUUCUCUAACUUUAGUUUGACUCAACCAAAUAUUAUAAAACUUAUACACAAUGCAUAUUACCACAAAACACAGAUCAAGUUGGAAAGUGUUUACCGUUCAUGAGUUAUGCCCCUUUAUUAACAUAAAAAGUGCUAAAUCUGUCGUUUCCAUUCUCUAACUUUAGUUUGCCUCAACCAAAUGUUAUGAAACUUAUACACAAUGCUUAUUACCACAAAACACAGAUCUAGAUCGAAAUUAGGUGGCGUAACUAUUACCGUUCAUGAGUUAUGCCCCUUUAUAAACAUAAAAAUUGCUAAUUCUGUCGUUUCCGUUCCAUUACUUUAGUUUACCUCAACCAAAUGUUAUGAAACUUAUACACAAUGCUAAUUACCACAAAACACAGAUCAAGUUCGAAAUUGGGUGGUGUCACUUUUACUGUUCAUGAGUUGUGCCCCUUUAUAAACAAAAAUUGCUAAAUCUGUUGUUUCUGUUCUCUUACUUUAGUUUGCCUCAACCAAAUGUUAUGAAACUUAUACACAAUGCUUAUUACCACAAAACACAGAUCAAGUUCGAAUUUGGGUGGAGUCACUUUUACAGUUCAUGAGUUAUGCCCCUUUAUAAACAUAAAAAUUGCUAAAUCUGUAGUUUCUGUUCUCUAACUUAAGUUUGCCUCAACCAAAUGUUAUGAAACUUUUACACAAUGCUUAUAAUCACAAAACAGUCUUAACUACAUGAAUCCUGCAUCUGUAUGUGGAAGUUGACUAAUGCAUAUUUACAAGCGGGGGCAUCUGUGGCCUAUAGACACAUUCUCCAUUUAUUUGUUGCUCACUUGGCCCUAGUAGCUCCUAAAAGCUUCUGGCCCGCAUUUAAUAGAUACAAUAUCUCAUCUCUUAUUAUUCCCUCCCUUGUACAACCCUGAGGCGAAUAUCUCCAUUCCAUGCAUCUAUCCAUGUCUUCAUCUGUCUAUCAAUGUCUUCAUU